GCUGCUUGCUCACAGAGACAAAAACAUUGAUUGAUAGGAGGAGGAGAGAUGGGCGGCGGCGGCGGCACAACAGAUGAAAGAGUUUCAGUGCCGAUGGGCCUACUACCGGGAAUUAAAUUCUCUCCCACCGACAAGGAACUGCUUUCCUUUUACUUGAAGAAGAAAAUAGCGGGCGAGGACUCUGAAUUCAGCAACAUCAUCCCUGAAAUCAAUUUGAGGGAGCACGAGCCUCGUGAUCUGCCAACUGAGUUCUUCUUCAGCGAACCUAAUUACAUGUCCCCCAACGGCGAUAGUUGCUACAGGACCACGAAUGAGGGCUUUUAUAAAAGCACAGGCAAGCCUCGUGAGAUCGAGGAUGAACUAUCCAAAGCUGUGAUUGGUGAGAAGAGAUAUAUGCCUUUCUACGAAGGUCGUGCGCCCAACCACAAGCUGACCAAGUAUGUCCUGCAUCAGUUUUCUCUCACCAAAACUGAACUCGCCAAACUGGCUCCUAAUCGGGAGUUUGUUCUAAACCACCUAACAAUUAAGAAGGGUUCAACUAGGGCGUGUAACCCUAAACCCAAUUGUAAGAAGCGGAAGUAUGAUUCAAAUUGCGAUAAAUUAGCUGAGCAUGGUAUUCCUGGUUACAUCGCCUCCAAUUAUAAAGAUGAUCAAGCUGCUGCUGCUGCUAAUAUGAUUCCAGAGCCUGAAGAGCAUCUCGCAGAUGAAGAUGUUCUGCUUGGCAGUGAGAAUCGAAAUGAAUGUGCCGAGUCAGAGUCUGCAAAUGGUUCUCGUCUUAUAAACAAUAAUGAUAGUUCAACCCUUGCUGUUGGUUCACCUGGUGGCUGCUUCCUAUCUGGUUAUGGUAAUGUAGCUGCAUAUGAUCCUUUUCGUGAGGUUUCCUUUCAGCCAGAAGGAAAUCUGAUAUCACCCCUUCAUCCAUCUAGCCUACGGGAUAUUCCUCUGAGGUCACCAGUGCACACAGGACUACCGGGAGAUUUUAUGUGUGCCAAUAACUCUAUCCUUAUUGGCAUGCAAUUAUGAGUCGCAAUCUUCAGAUAAUCUGGAGUUUACGAUUCUUUUUCCCACAAAGUUCUCGAAUAAUUUCAUUGGUGACCAAGAUUAUUAUCCUGUGUAGAAACAACAUGCACUAUACUUACAGUGACUCUGAUCUACGAGAGCCAUUGGGAGGAGUGUAUGAUAGCUAUAGUGGUGUAAGAAGUGAGAAGAACACUGAAUUACUCCAUGGAUGGGUAGUAGGUUUUUUCUGCAUUAGUACUGCAACAUAGAUAGUGAACCGCAACAUUUUAGUUAUAGGAGAACAUCGAUAGGGGCCUUGUAAACUACGAGGUCUUGGAAGGGUAGAACAUCACCCUUAUCUACUGGAGGAUUUGGAAACUUGUUGAUAGUUGUAGAAAUUUACGUCGGACAGGACAAACGACACAGGUUAAGUCUGUUCUUGUUCUUUCGGCCAUUGCUCAGCAUUCCCAAGUAUUGGAAACUUCAAACUUGUUAAGUGAACAUGAGAACCACCGGCAAGUGCUAAUGUUUGAGAUACCAUCUGGAACUCUACUCUUCUCUUCUCUGAUGAGUCAGAAUUUUUUUUAUUAAAAAAAAAAGAAAAGAAAAA